UGCGGUUCUUGAAAAUCAUGAGAUCACCAACCAUCGAGGCAUGAGAUCGCCAGUGUUUAUUAUUGUGAAAUGCUGAAUGCGGAAACAUUGUACUGGUUUUAAUUUAUUGCCAGUUUGAUUUGUGAAGUUUAAAGUGAAAGAAACCAACCUUUAUGAUUUUAUCGUGAUCGGUUGGUUUAGAAAUUUUUUGGAACAUUUGUGAUUUGUUUCUGGCAGUAACGAUUAAGGUGUGAUCGCUGGCUGUGCGAAGUCGCGAACUUCGCAUUUCGGCCAGUUUCUGACAGUCGUAGGCAUCUGCGACCGUAACAACGAUGUUCUAGGUGGAGUAAGGUUGCUGGCUCUCCACCCUGUUGAUGAUUGAUAUUCCACAUGGCAGAAAACAACCGAUCUGCAGGCGCUGCGUCCACAGUUCCAUACCAGGUGAAGCAGCUGGCCAGAAUGGUGGUGCACGGAUUCUACGGCAAAGAGCACGGCGUAAUUGCGGAUAUUCUCUGCAGCCUGUCUGUGGUUAAAGAAGACGUCCUGUGCGAUCUAGUCAAGCUGGACAAGAAACAGUUGCGACAGCUGUUGGCUAUCCUGAAGGCUGAUCAGAUUGUUAAAACGAAGAUGGGUGUGGAAACGGGCGAAGACGGACAGAGCUCGCGUUGUAAUUACUAUUUUAUCGAAUAUCCUUCCUUGCUCAAUAUGGUGAAAUACAAACUGGAGCUGGUCCGCAAGAAAGUGGAGACGCAAGAGCGCAAUACAGCCAACCGGGCAUCCUUUAAAUGUAAAGACUGUGAGAAAACUUUCUCGGAUUUGGAAGUCAACCAGCUUUUGGAUCCCUUUUCAAUGAGCUUCAAGUGCACCUUCUGUGGUGGAGAAGUGGAUGAAGAGGUGGUUCCCGCACAAGAAUCCCAAGUUGUGAUGAUGGCUCAUUUCAAUGAGUCCACCAGUGCCUUUUUUGAUCUCAUACACGAAAUCGACAGCCUCAAUCUCACCCCCGCCGAACUUCAAGCGGACAUGGCGGAAUCCAUGGCCAACGCGGCCAAGGCUGCAGCCAAACCCGGGGCGGCCGGCUCGUGGAGCGACGACACCAAGAGCACCGUGUACAAUUACGUUCCUACCCAGGAUAUCACCAUUACAAUCGGAGAGGCCGAGAGCAAGGGCCAGAAGGCCAAAGAGCGUCCGGUAUGGCUGACGGAGAGUACCGUCUUCGCGGAAGAGAAGGCUGCCACGGAGAUAGAUGUCAAAGACCAACCGGAAGCGAUUAUGAAAGAUGACGAAGUCAUGUUAACGCUGAUGCGGCACGAAUCCCGCGUGUACGAGGAAGAUAAGCGGCCCGAGCCGGCAUCGGAAGACGAGUUUGAGGAUGUGCAAGAUGACCCCAUGGAGGAUGGCGAGGAUGCGCCAAGGAUUAAAGUCGGGAAUGUGGUGUACAUGCUCCAUGAUAUCAACGAUGAGAUUGUAGCGCGGAUGACAGAUGAGGAAAAAGAAGCGUACAUCCGCACGGCCCAAGAAGCUUAUGCUGAUAUAUAUGCCUAGUCGUACAGUUGUACUGCAGUAUUGGAUUGCAUAAUUGCUACAAAUGUAGUGCCCCUCUAUGUACUUUCACACCAUAUUUUUGGCAGCAGAAUUGUAUCAGAGCCCCUGACAUAGUUGUCUUUGCACAUGUGAACGGAGAACAUUUCGAUAAACUUGACCUUUAGGAUGUGGUCUUGGCUGGUCUGGCCCGGAGCAUUCA